AUGGUCAUGCACAAGUUGCUCAUCGCCCUGGGCCUGGCCCUCACUGGCAGCGUGUGGCUGGUGGGCAACGUGCUCUGUGCCCUUCUAGUGCAGUACCCCUGGCUGUGGCACUUCCUGAAGGUGUUUUGCGUCUCCACCGCCUUCUUCGGAGGCGCCCUCCUCUUCCUGCUCAGUUGGCUGGCUCAGUUCUGGCCCAAGGACCUGAUGGCAAAGGCGGAGGAGGGAUUGAACUUGUCCAUCUUUGAGCUGGUGGAGAUCUUGAACCGGAUCAUCAUGAGACCCUUGUACGACGCCGUCCGCGUCUUGCUGCUCAUCAACGCAGACCUGGACGAGGGAACGCGCAAGGAGAUCUUGGAGGAGAUGAGCCCGGCCUUUCGCCGGCGAGUGUUUCAGUGCUCGGUGGCUCAGCUGCUGCCACAUCGAAUCCAGAAGCUCAUUUACAAGGAUACUCCGAAGAGCUGCACGGACAAGGCCACCAUGCAGGAUAUCUUUGGGGACAAGACUGAGAUCGAUCCUAACUCCCCGCCGGCGUCCAGUCGAUUGGCGCGCUCCCGGUCUCGGUCAUUGACAGAUUUGUUGGACUUUAUGCGAACCACGGAGGUGGCGUCCCAAAAGACGCGGCAGUCUUCUGUCGUUCAGAAGAUCUUGGCGAGCAAGGUGUCCGAUGGAGCCAUAUGGACCAUGUCUCAGGGUGCAGUGCACCAAUACGAGAGCCACUUGAGCCAACGGGUCCACAACCUGGUGGAGCGCAUCAACAAGGAGCCGGAGACUCGCCUGCUGCGCCUGCCCUGGCGGAUCCUGCGCUGGGAGGCAAAUAUGGCGGCCUCCGUCCUGACAUCCAUGGUGUCCUACUUCGCAGCUCCAGAGGAGAAGCGCGACUAA